GGCAGGUGAGCAAGGCCUCAUCAGGGUGAAUGAGAUGACUGCCCACUUUCCAGCCACUGCUCAGGGCACCUGAAGGGGCCUUCCGGGCCUGGCGGGCCCUCCCCGGUGCUCCGCCACUCUGAGAUGAGGGUCCUCUCAGUUCCACCUUGUUGUUGGUGUUGUUCGGAGAGCACUUUUUUGACGGGUGCUGCUAGUCUGUUGGAGCAAUCUGCUGGUUGAUGGCGUUUUGAAAAUGAUACCUGUUGUUGCGUGGAACUGUGUGCAGAUCUGGUGUCGUCCAUAGGACGGAAAAACUCACCAGUAACAUCAGCAUUCACGGCCUGAAGCACUUCGAUUCGUCCGCAGUGGCUCUUCUCCAUCGUUUGUGUACACAGUGGAAAAUCCGUAUGAAGCUAGUGAGUUGGUGGUAGUUCUUUGGAUGGAGCUGCUCUUGUACUCUAACCUAAGGUAUCUGGUACCCAGUGCAUACAACAACGUGACGUGCCCCAAAUAAGCAAAUCAAGAUUGAGUGAGGAGUGACAGCAUAUGUACUGUCAGAGGGAUGAGUUGGUGAUGAUGAUGGCGGUGGUGAUUGGAGAGGAUUAUUCGUGUAUCUGAGGACAAAGACCCUGGGAAACCGACUUUCAUUUCCCCCGAGGUGAACACUGUGCGACCAAGAAAAAAAGUACAAAGUCACUAAUACGUGCUCAUCUAAUUCGCCAUUGGUCUGAACAACGAGAAACAAGCGUGAAACUUUCUCUGUGACCCUCGGCAUCCCUUGUUCCAAUGGACGACUAAUAAUAUCUGUCAGUGCCAAAGCCCCCAAAACUCGUAACUCACCCACCAUUCCACUCAGAAGUAGCGUAGUACAGUGCUAUUCGUCAGUGCUCAAAAGGUGAAAAAUGGUGCGAAAAUUUGGUCGGCGCUCAAGCACCACUUCCAGCGAGGAUGAUGUUCGCAGCAGCUUGGAUCUACUAGACUCUGUAAUUGGUGAAUUCGACGAUGGCUUACUCUCUGGAACCGAUUCGGAAUACAUGGUCGAUCCUCGAAGACAGGCCAGAGAAUCGCCAUCGGCGCGAUCGGGCCCAGUUCAACCGAUCAUUUCCGACAAGAGACGCAUCAUCAGUGACAAGAUCGACAACAUCUUUAGUGAAGCCACACACGAAAUCAUUUAUGCGGAUGAAAAUGUCUCUCGGAGGCGAAGUCCAGUUAGACGGGUCAAUGAUCCUCUGCCGACCCCGCCUCAACCAGUGCCACCUCCGCCUCCUCCUCCCAUGCCUAUGGGCUUGACUGGGGUGAAUGGGAUGAAUGGUGGGGGCGAUGGAGAGGUGAUCGUGUAUGAGGACUACGACAGGAAUCAUCAGACUGGUGGGAGGUCCCCAUCUGUCACGACCAGCUCGACCACCACCACAACCAACGUAAAAGCUCAGAUCCAUUCUUUGGAAGCACGUGGGCGGGACAUUCAACAGAUGAAGAGGCAUAACCUCAACAAUGGAAGUAAGAUGUCAGGCGACGUGAAGGAUAAAUCUCGGAGUCGAAGUGAAAACCCACCUCUGGCUCGAAAUCAAGGCUUCUCCUACUUGGAUCAGCGAUCUUCUCGAGUUGAGAUGCCUCCCCCUAUGCCAGAAAAGACCAAAAUUCAUCUGAAACCCCGACACACACAAGAGAGUAGCAAUGGCUCCUUUGACCGCAAUUCGUCGUCUAACACUCAAAAUGGCACACCCACAUCGCGGGGCCUGAUGCAGAGGACGGAUUCGAAUGCUCGAGUGGUCCUCAAUGGCAGAGAGUUCUUUGAAGAUCCGCCGAGACGCGGGAUCUCUCCUGGUCCCGUCUCCAAGCGAUACGGGAAGAAGAAAGAUUCCUCUGCUCAACAAGGUGCCCGAAACCAGAAGAAUCGCUCUGCAGAAUCAAGUGUCAGUCACAAAUCCAACUCGAACCCUUAUGAGAGUGUUCAAAGUAGAGCCGGAGCAUUCAAUAGCUCCAAUAUAAAACCCGAGUCCUUAGACCGAGACAUUCCCCGUGUGAGAAACACAAGAACCCCACGAGCGUCUAGAUUAGAAAACAGUCGGCUUCAGAACCGUCGAUCCCGGUCGAUGGGGGCUCUUGAGGCCGAAGAGCAUCUGCUGAUUGAAGAUCCUCGUCAUCGAGGGGGUAUCAAGCAUGGGGAGGACCAUUUUGCAGCCAGUCAAACAAGUUCGCGAGAUCGGCGAGGUCGCAACAAGAGACGUGAGGAUGCCAAACGGAGUGGCUCACGGGGACGAAGUCUCGAAAGAGGUUUACUCCAACCUCCUUCGCCAAACCAUCACCAAUCAGAUCCGAUUGAACAAUUUCUCCCCAGAUUUUCUUAUCCCGGGAAAAUGCCAGCCCGUCAAAAGAGCAUGAUUGAUCUUCGGGAUCCGAUGUGGGAGCAACAACAACGACUCAUGCAACAACAACAGCAGUUCGUCCAAAAUCAAAGGAGAUUUGCUCACCAUCCCCAAGGCCUGCCACCUCAACUCUUGAGAUCCGCCACUGAGCACGAUAUCAAAAUUCGGAACCGCCGCUCCAUCGCCACGGAUCAUCCGGGCAUCGAAGACAUACCGCCACUCAUACGGCGUCAAAUGAUGAUGCAAGCUGCCAUGGCUGCGCAACAACAACAACAGCAGCAACAACAACAACAACAUCAGUUGCAAAACGAAAGGCUGAUGCGGUCAAAUUCAAAAUUGGCUCUUCAUCAAAAUGACCCGGAGCAAAUAGUACUGAGGCAACUGAAUUUGGACGCGCAGAGAGAGUACCUCAAAAGAAGAGGAUUUUCUCCGUCCCAUCCGUUCAUAUCAGGAGAGGUCCCUAUUCACCCGGAGCUACAAGGUCGCCUUCCUUUCAAUGUUCCAUCAAGGACCAUACCAAUGAGACCUGAUGAUUACCAGCGAUUCAAGCCGGAGUUAUGGCUUCAGCAAAGGAAUCCGAACCCCGUGCCAUUCAACGAUGUUGCCAUGCUUCAAAGCGAACUAGAGCUUCGAAGACGUCGCGAAGUGCAUCGGCAAAACAGUCAAAGAACGGGUGGAGGGGAUAAUGAGCCACAAAGCUUCAACAGCUUGCCUUGGGAAGAAAUUGUUAUGAACACCCCAUCUAUGGAGGCCCACAUGGCUCGAACGCAUCCGGGCAAGUCAGAGCGGAAAACAGAAAAGAUCCCACCAAACAUGACCUCUUUCGCGAAUGAUCGCAGAGAAGAAGAUCGCAAGAAGAAAGAGAAGACCACUUGGUUUGGUGCCAAGAGUCCCAAAGACCCGACACCGACAGCAAAUGGUAAACACAACGGACAUUGGUUCAUGCGAGAGAAACAAGACCACCAGUCAAUGCCAUCAAUGGCGGAAGGAAAUGAGGAGCCGAAUGAAACUGUGGGUUUGAGUCGAACGGACACCAAUCGCUCCUCAUUUGGGAUUAUAUUGAGAGACAAGUUCAAGAAGAAUCCCAAUGUUUACUUUCCCAAAACGGAAUCGAAGCGUUCCCAUAGUUCCGAUACUAGAGAGCCUGACGAGGAUGGUUCUGAUACCGAUACAUUAAUCCAUAACAUGUCAGAAGAAAGCUAUGAAAAGGAGGAAUCCAACAGCUUGUCUGGGAGUGGGAGUGGCUUGAGCACUCAUUCAAACAGUAAAGGAUCCUCGGCCACAUCGUCACUAUCACCCCAUAACAGCAUGGAGGGAAGUCCCCGGAUGUUUUCCAAGGAGAGCCUUUUUCAAGCCAAAAUUUCCUCGUCCCAACCUAAUGUUACCAUGGGGAAAAAGACUAUCCGGAAUUACACUCCACAAGCCAGCACCACCAUGUUACGGGAACUCGAGAACAAGCGUCACAAAGCCAACCAGAGAGCAGUCAGAAGUGUUCCCCAAAACGAAAUGGAGAACAAGAGCUCUGUAGAUCAAAUGAUUGAGGACUUUCAUCGAAAUUUACCCCCGCCUUCCAUCCACGGAGGGGCUAGCUCUAUCAGCCCACCAGUACAACAAAGCCAUGAAGAUUUUGACGACUUUGGCGAGGUGCCACGAUUAGCCGAGGUUCGUCCAGAGAUCCCCCCCACUCCAGACACAUUCUCAAAGAGAACCAGUAAACAUGGCACACUCAACAGCCAAAUAUCCAAUUGGUCCGUGGCCAGAUCCACAGCCAGUUUUGAUUAUCAGCCCGCUGUCGAUGGCUCAUACUCCAGCCGGAGACGGUCUCCACAAGACCAACUUCCCGUCCUCGCAGAGGAUGACACUGAUCCUAGUCGAAUCUCUCCCCGUGGGGAACGGAUUCCCCCUGAAGGUGCUUCCCAUCAGUCGUCCAGUCCCAUUGACAUUGCUCAAUUAGAAGACGAUCAAAAACACAGGCCAUCCAGAGCCAAGGUAAAUGAGAUAAGAGGCGAAGACUUGUCAGAUUUGUUGCAAGAACCACCCACCGAUGAGGAGGAUGGGUUUUCCAACCUGAGGAAGCUUAUCUCGGAGGGCCGUUUAACUGGGUUAAAUGAGAAGCCACCCAGCUUUGUGCCACCUACUCCGCCCACCACCACCAAGCCCAAGAGCUCAGCGGCACCCACAAACAAUGGUCAGAAAGGAGGUGGACCUCGGCGGGCGAAACAACCAGCCCCUGACCCAACCCCUCAGAGCCGAUCUAAGUCUCAACCUCCUAAUCGACAAUUAGAGAAACAACCGAGUCGAAAGACCAAAGAGGCACCUAAACCGCCCCGUAAAAACGUGGAAUCCAAGGCCAAAAGACAAGUCUCCGAAUCCCUGGAAGAUUUGACGCAGAUGGAUCAAAAGCGACCCAACGAGGUCCGAAGGUCUCCAAGCACUCAUGAGACAAAGACGAAAUAUGAGCUCAGGCGCGAGGAGACUGAUCACAUGGCUCAGCUGAUUGCCGACUCCACAGAGAAAAAGUUCAACUUUAAUCCCUUCAAAGGCUUAUUGAAGAAGAAGAACUACUCUUUUGAUUUCAAUUAAAUCAAUCGGUUUUUUUAUUGAGAGUGUUGACGAAAUAUAGGUAUAUGACACGUU